AUGCCAACCAUAUCUUCCACUCCCCUCAACCAAGGAUCCCCUCCCUCCUCCCAACAGCAAUAUCAGCCUCCAGUCUCCCAGUCUUCUUCUGCUGUCGUUGUCGCUGUUCCGUCUUCCUCUUCAACGAUUGACUUCGGUCUACCAACACUCACCUCCGCGUCGUCCUUUGUUGCCUCCGAUUUCGCUACAUCUGAACCGCCCACAGUCUCGCCGUCUGCCGCCGCGAGCACACCCAGCUUUACAGGCUCAGUCAUUGGUUCGAUUUCACGACGCAAUCGCCGCUCCUUUGCUGCCCUCGCCCGAGAAAAAACAUCUAGUGCCCUCGCGAAUCUCUCCGCCAUCGGUUCGACUGCCAACUACCCUCUCCGGCAAUCCGCCUCCUCCGGGAGUCUCCAAAAGCAUUCGCGCAAGUCUUCGCAGCUCAGCGUCGGCGAAGUACCGGGAGCCACCCCACUGUCUCUGUCAUUGUUCGACGGUAGCGGCGCCAGCGAGCAACCGGGCCCUACUUCGUUCGAAUCGAUCUCAGCAGUGACGGAGCAAUCAAAAACCGCGAUCGAACGGCGUCGCCAGACUAUACAACUAGUUCCCCCCAUUGUCGAACAACGACCGACUUCUGCGGGUAGCCCAUCUCCAGCCAAAAUGCAUCAAACAUCUUCAAGGCUAUUGCGUAUGACGGAAGAUGACCGUCCCUUCACAAAGGAUUUUAUGGACUUGUUCUCCACCCUCAUGGUCAGCUUGAAACUGGAUUCACACCGUGUACGAUUCACAAAAUAUGACCACACAUUUACAUCGGAGGAAGCCAUCAACAACUUGGGCUCUCUCAAGUUCUCCCAGUCGAACCGCAUGCCAGAUCCGAAAGACCCGUCUCGUAUUGUCACCACCACUACUACGACUACUUUUUCAAUGGCCAAGGAAAUGGCUCGGUCAGUAUGUCAGCGCUUUGUCGAUGCUCGCUUCAUUGAAUCAGUUGACGGCAAAUACUCGCAAAUGUUUCCGUUAAAAGGCGCUCUGUACCAGCUUACUCCCAAGGGUAUCAACAUUCUCCAAAGAUUCUGCCAAAGAAAUGGCAUCACCGCGCGCCAUGUGAUUGACGUUUUGGAAUCGCCUCGCAAUACAAUGCAGCUGGUAAAUUUGGAACGAGAUACAGAGACCGAUAAGCUGUCCCACGACCGCGCCACUAUUGAGGUUAUUUUCCGCCGCUUUGCAGGACAAGAUGGGCCGAAUGUGAAGAGCAGUGUUUCAAGUUCGGAUUCAGAUUCACUAAGUGAUUAUUCGAAUGGCUUGGUUGGGGUUAAAAUGGCCAAGGAGCGUAAAGUUGGCGACAAGGUCUUUUCUAACACCUUCCACGGCAAGGCUGCCGUUGACUGGUUGAUGGACUGUUCGACUACUAUUGAGCGCCGCGAGACAGUCUUGAUCGCGGAACUUUUCGUCAAGUAUGGCUUGAUUACCGUGCUACAAGAGGACCGUGCCAUGCCUCAGCCCGAGAACUCACUGGUUGCCUUUCAGCCUUCCAAGAACGCUAUUUACGGUGUCACUGAUCGCGGCCAGCGAGUUUGUGGAUGGAUCGCCCGCGAUAAGACUCGCGAUAACACAACCUACGACAGCCGAGGAAUUCCAAAAGAUUCAAAUAACGCGCGCCUGAACCACAUCUUACACGACCCUGCCUUGCGCCUGCUGUUCCGAGAAUUCCUCCGCUUCUCGCUUUGCGAAGAGAACUUGUCGUUCUAUAUCGAUGUGUCUGAAUUCACCGCUCAGUAUCACAAGUACGAGAAGGUUGGCCAUUUCAAGAAGCCCGAUGCAGUACGGGAAACAUUGGCGGCAGCAUAUGGUCUUUACAAUGCGUUCUUAGCACCCGGAUCUCCUUGCGAGCUCAACAUUGAUCACGCGCUGCGCAACAGUUUAGCGAGCCGCAUGACGAAGGCUGUGGGAGAUGAUGAGUCUAUGCUUAAGAGCUUGCAGGAGGUUGUACAGCUGUUUGAGAUGGCGCAAACAUCAGUGUUCAAAUUAAUGUCAAGUGAUUCGGUCCCCAAGUUCUUGCGUGAUCCAAAAUAUUCUGCCAUUCUUGCAGAACACGAUGUGGAUGAUUUGAUUGGUGGUGGAAGAUCCUACUCGCCGACCCCUGCGCCUCUUCCGGAACGAUCGAUGAGCCGUUCAGCGCGUCAAUGA